AUGGCGCUCAACAUCCGCCAGAAGCAGGCUGAUGCGGUGGUGCGCAUGCUGCAUCUCAACUCCUCGCCCCAGAGCACCGGGCGGGGCGGGGAGGAUCUGUACAAGGUGCUCAUCCUCGAUGCAGCCACCCAGGACGUGCUGGCCCCGCUGCUCCGCGUCAAGGACCUGCGCCGGCACGGCGUCACCCUGCACCUCACCCUGGACUCCAACCGCCAGCCCAUCCCCGACGUCCCUGCGGUAUACUUUGUGGCCCCCGGCCCGCACAGCACCGCCCGCAUCGUGGCCGACCUGGCGGCCUCCCUGUAUGACUCCUACCACCUCAACUUCUCCACCCAGCUGCCGCGCAAGGAGCUGGAGGCGCUGGCCGAGGGCGCGGCGCGGGAGGGCUCUGCCGCGCGCGUGGCCCGCGUGCAUGACCAGUACCUGCAGUACAUUGCGCUGGAGGCGGGGCUGUUCAGCCUGGGCCUGCCCGCCACCUACGUCGACCUUAACGACCCCUCCGCCCAGGACGCCCAGAUCCAGGGUGCAGUCGGCCUCGUCGUGGAGCGCCUCUUCUGCGUCCUGGCCAGCACUGGUACGGUGCCCAUCAUCCGCUGCCCCAGGGGCGGCGCCGCGGAGCACGUUGCCUCGCUGCUAGAUGCCCGGAUAAGGGAGGCCCUACAUCAGCGCGGCAGCGUGUUUGCCGACGGGGCCGGCGCGGCCGGCGCAGGCUUGGCCGCCAGCCUACACCGCCCCCUGCUGGCGAUCUUCGACCGCAACUUUGAGCUGUCGGUCAUGCUGCAGCACGCCUGGACCUACAAGCCCCUAGUGCACGAUGUGCUGGGCAUGCGACUGAACCGCGUGACGCUGGCGGCGCCGGGCGGCGCGCCUGGCGCCGGCACCCACGUCCCCAAGACCUUUGAGGUGGACGACUCCGACUUCUUCUGGUCUGCGCACGGGCGCGAGCAGUUCCCCAAGAUCGCAGAGCAGGUGGAGGCGGAGCUGGCGCGGUACCGCGCCGCCGUGGAUGAGCUCAACCGCAGCGCGGGGUCAAACGUGCUGGACGCCGCGGCCGACCCCGCGGACCUCAUGGCCGGCAACACCAAGCACCUCAUGAGCGCCAUCAACUCGCUCCCUGAGCUGACGGAGCGCAAGCGUUCGAUAGACAAGCACACCAACCUGGCAACGCACCUGCUGGGGGCCAUCAAGGAGCGGGGCCUGGACCAGUAUUAUGCGCUGGAGGAGGAACUCACCGCGGGCAAGGAGCACGUGGAAGCAGUGCUCAAACACCUCCAGGGCUCGCAAGGCACUGUCACCGAUAGGCUGCGCCUGGCCCUGGUCUGGCUGCUCACCUGCCCCACGGCGCCGCUGGAGGCGGAAUGCGAGAGGGUGGAGACCGCGCUCGCGGCUGCAGGGGCGGAUGUGCGGGCGUGGGCAUAUGCCCGCCGCAUGCGCCGCAUGAACCUCACCGGCAAAUCACAGUCGUCUGCCGCCCUGGCGGACGGCCGUGGCGUGUUUGGAGGCGCCGCCCAGGCGCAGCUUACGACCCUGCUGGGCAGCUCCUUUGGGCAGGGCUUGUCCUCCCUGACCAAGGGCGUGAAGAACCUGCUUGCAGGGGAGCAGCAGGCGGCCGUCACAGUGGCCGUGGAGGCCCUCAUGGAGGGCCGGCCCAACCCAGACGUCGAUGGGUACGCUUACUUUGACCCCAAGGCCCCCAUCGGCUCUGGCCCCAGACCCCAGGGUCCAUUCAAGCAGGCCAUUGUCUUCAUGGUUGGGGGCGGCAACUUCCUCGAGGCUGAGUCUCUGCAAUGCUGGGCCAGCAGGGCCCAGCCCACGCCCAAGCACGUGGUGUAUGGGGCGACUGAGCUCCUCUCCCCAGAGACAAUGUUGGAACAGCUGUCGGCCUUGGCUGUGCGGGGUGGACUCUAG